GAAAUGUAAACAAGUCUUGUAUUUGUUGCAGAGAAUUUUCGCGUGAAUGGGAGCGUCCCGGUGAAGUUCUCGUGAUGAAGAGAGUCAUUCUCUUCAGGAAUGGGUCGGGAGUGGAUGGAAAGGUUCUCUUGGUAACGCAUUCACUAGAAGAAGUGUUGGCAGGAGCCUCUCAGAAAUUGGGAAUCAGAGCUACACACCUGUACACUCCACAAGGCGGACUUAUAGAUGACCUUAGGCUUAUCAGAGAUGAUGACAUCCUAUAUGUGUCUGAAGGCGAAGAUUUUGUACUUCCUCUGCAACCUUGCCCGGGUGUAAGACCUCCAGGUCAUGUGGGAACAACCCUCUCCCUGCAGUCAGUGGCUGGACCUUCUUUAACCUGUAGUGGGGUCUCCUCAACACAUGAUUGGGUCACCCUUAAUGUUGGAGGCAGGAUCUUCACCACCACAAGGGCUACACUUGUUACCAAAGAACCUAAUUCUAUGCUUGCAAAAAUGUUCAGUUGUGAAGACAAGCACCUGUUACCCAGCAACCGAGAUGCACAUGGAGCUUACCUCAUUGACAGAUCGUACACAUAUUUUGAACCGUUACUCAAUUUCCUGAGAAAUGGGACUUUAAUUCUUGAUCCAAGCAUAAACCCACAAGGUGUCUUGGAGGAGGCUCGCUUUUUUGGAAUAGAGUCGGCAGUUCCACACUUGGAGGCACUGACUUGUGCACAGGACGAAACUCCAGAUGUUGAGCCGCUCACCAGACACGAUGUUGUUAAAGCUUUAAUAUCAACGCAUCACAGAGAUGAGCUUAGGUUCCAAGGGGUCAAUCUCAAACGAGCUGACCUCUCCAAGCUUGACCUCAGAAAUAUUAACUUUAAGUUUGCAGACCUCUCACAGUGCAACCUGUCAGGGGCAAAUCUGAAUGGCUGCUGCCUGGAACGCGCCAAUCUGUGUGGGGCGAAUUUAGAGGGUGCGCAGCUACUUAAUGUCCGCCUCCUCUGUGCAAAUCUUGAGUCUGCAAAUCUCAGAUCUUGUAAUUUUGAGGAUCCUGCAGGAACUCGCUCAAACUGUGAAGGAGUAAAUCUCCGAGGAGCUGUGCUAGAGGGCAGCAUGUUGGCUGGUGUGAACCUGCGCGUUGCAACGUUGAAAAAUGCAAAUCUGAAGAAUUGUGAUUUGCGUGGUGCUGUCCUUGCUGGUGCUGACCUAGAGAAUUGUGACCUCUCUGGAAGUGAUCUACAGGAAGCAAACCUGCGUGGGGCAAACCUGAAGGACGCAGCUUUUGAGCUUAUGCUGACACCUUUGCACAUGUCUCAGACAAUGACCUGUGAUCUGUAACUAUGUGGGUCCGGCAGCUCCAGCUGACUUUCAACUGCCAGAUUGAUUAUGAGGAAGGGAAGCUGGUGUUGGGUACAAGCACUAUCCACUUUUUUUUUUACAUGCAAAUGGCUCCAGAAACAAGAACUGUUAUAUACCCCAUUCCUUGCCUUUAUGGA